AUGCGGGUCAUUGUACGUCGAUGCGAGGGUGUUACCUCUCACCUUCUCAGCCCCUCGUGUCUCCCUGUCAGCAAUACUCGCUUCCAUCAGCUGCAUCCGGUCGCUGGUUCUACGCGCCGUUUCGCGCGAUGGAUUACAACGAAAGGUUCGCUUGCUGGCAGCAAGCCUGCAGCUAUCGAAAGCCCUCGAGUCCGUCGCCAGGAAUUCCACAGCGACCCCGCGCGGACUGCUACUCUCAAACAAGAGUUUCAUUCUAUUCUAGCGGCUGCUCAGCCCGAUCUGGUCAUGGAGGCCUUCUUAAAUCCUGACUAUCAUGAAAUAGUCGCCCAGCUACCACAGGGCGUCUUUGUCGAGGCCUUUCGCCUGCUUUCCCCUUCGUAUUUUAUUGAGCCCUACAAAGAGCUUCACGAACUAUUGUCUCCCAGGGUGGCCAGAACCAAGCGAUGCACAGCAAUUCAGGUUAUCUACGACGAGUUUGCCACAAAACUUUCUACCAUCAUACGAAUGCGACAGUUGGCAGGUCACCCAACAAGCCUUGCCGAGUACACCCACCUUCUUGAUUGCGCCCAAUCUAUUGGUGAUGGGCUGAUGGCAGAAUAUAUAUGGCAUUCCAUGUCCAAAGCCAGCGUUUCCCCGGAUCUCACGUGUUACAACCACUAUAUGGAAUCUAAGAUCUGGAAUGGAUGCCACGCUGGUCUAGAGCAAUACCGUAUGCGGAUGACGUCCUGGGCCUAUUACAGACGUAGGGAUGCUAGUAAUGAGGGCUGGAACAACUAUGGAACCGGACCCCGAAGCUUGAAAAGGGAAAUACGUCUCAUUUGUGAAAGGAUGCUAGAGGUAGGGCUUGAGCCUGAUGAGAGGACGAUGAUAAACGUCUUUCUAGCAGUUUCUCGAACGGGGUGGGCCCCGGGCAUGUGGAAGUUCUUGUACGACGUCUGGAAUGUCGACGUCCGUGAACUGGAGAAUGGAGACCGCAAGCCCAUCGUCCCAAUCCAUCGUUCGUCACCAGUGUACCCGACGAGUCGUCUCCUGUGGGCCGCAACUCACGCAUUUGGCACGAGCAAUGAUAUUCCUGGUGCCCUGAGGGUUCUUGACCAGGUUUCGAACUCUUACGGCAUUGAGAUUCCAGAGUCAGUUUGGAUCGAACUGCUCAAGAGAUCAUAUAUCUUGUCGGUUCGCCGACACGGCCGCAUUGGAAGAACACUGCGGUUCGGCACAGUCUCCUACGGUUUCAUCAGAUCAAUCUACGAGACAAUCACCAAGGGCCCGUUCAAAGCCAAACUCACGUUCGACAUGCAUUGGUUUUUCGCCAAAUCGGCUUGGAAUAUGGGUAAUCUUCAAAAUUUAAAGACCCACAUGAUGCUAGCAUACGAGAUGCUUGAAGAAACAAGACGAAAGAGGAAGCAUGCAAGGGAGGUGGUCGAAUCUUAUCUGCCACCACUCGAGUCCAGCGACGCGCGGAUAAAUCCUGAUAUUCUACGCUCGCGAGGUUUUGCUGAAGCCGUCCGCGCCUACGACAUAAUUCGACUGCGCUGUGUUCAGCAAACAACCAUAAUAGAAAGGUUGGCUCGAUUGUGCCAUCGACCGCGCCAUCACAAAACGGAAAAUCCCUGGUAUUGGGCACGCGUCGUGGCCCCGCGAAUUCUCGAGGAAUGGAGAGACUUCCUCCCAGAGUACUUUACUUAUGAGACCCCAGAUGGCACAGUCAAAAUACGCGGAAAUACAUGCUUUGGCCGGCAUUCACGACUCGCCUCUCACGACAAGGUUCAAGUCCGCCGACCUAUAGAGGCCAUAGCUCCUACACCUGGCUCGGAUACUGUCGACGAUGAUUUCAUCUGGGCUAAAUACCGAGAUCGCAUGUCUACCGAGGAGCAAAAUCACUCGCUGCUCAAACUCCUUAUCCAGCCGGUUCGCCUCUCUGACGACAUCCAUCCUUCAGAGAUGGAACUCGAAGAGGAAUACGAACAAAUGGAACUCAGCCAAGAGGUGAUUUUUGAAGAUGAGUCUGAGGUGAAGCCCACAUAUAGAGAGCCCUGUGAUGACGAGGAGUUCAAAAACCUAGUUUCGAAGGCUGAACUAGAAGCGCGUGAGAGGAAGGAGAUUUGGUUCGAACAUGCAUUUGGGUAUAUCAACCGGCCAGAACUCGCCUACGAAUGA